UACGAUUUGUUGAUUUGCUUUAAAAAAAAAAAAAAAAAACACCCGAUUAAACAAAAAAUAAUCUGUAGUUUGGGUGCUGGUAAAAUAUUCUGCCAGCUCUUUAUGUUUUCUUUGUUUUAAUUUUUUUUUUAAAGAUAAUUGAUUUGUCUUGUGAAGUGACACAACCUCGCCAGUCUCCAUCAUGCCAGCAAACGGGAAUGCAAUCUCUAGCCUAGACAUCGCAUACAUCGUGUUUGAAGCGGUCAUCGCAUUGGCGUCCCUUUCAGGCAACGUCCUUGUGGUGUGGGCAGUCAAACUGAACAAGGCACUCAGAGAUACUACUUUCUAUUUAAUCGUCUCGUUGGCUGUGGCUGAUAUCGCGGUUGGAGCAGUCGCUAUCCCGAUAGCCAUUCUCAUUAGCCUGGAGGUCAACAUGCACUUCUAUUGCUGCCUGUUCGCCGGCUGUCUUUUGUGUAUCCUGACACAAAACUCCAUACUGUCGCUGCUGGCUAUCGCGAUAGACAGAUACCUCAGGGUAAAGCUGCCUGUCAAGUACAGAGCAGUAAUGACCCACCGCCGCGCCUGGAUGGCAGUUGGAGUCUGUUGGCUGGUGCCCACCAUUCUGGGUCUGCUGCCCAUGUUGGGUUGGCACCGAGGAGGCAGCUUGGGGGCUACUGCAGAGCGCAACAGCAGCAGCAGCAGCAGCAGCACUGAGGGAAGGUACAAGGCGUGCAGUUUCUCCGCGGUGAUGAGCAUGGACUACGUGGUCUACUUCAACUUCUUUGGGCUCAUCCUGACUCCCUUACUGCUGAUGCUGGGGCUGUAUGUGCUGGUUUUCUCCACCAUCAAGAAGCAGCUGCAGCUCUCCCAGGCAGCCUGCAAAGCCUCCAGGCUCCAGAAGGAACUGAAGCUUGCAAACACUUUGGCGUUAGUCCUGGCUCUGUUUGCCAUGUGUUGGCUACCUCUGCCCAUCAUGAACUCGGUGGGGUUCUUCUGCCCCACGUGCCAUGUGUCCAAGCCCAUUCUCUACUGCGGCAUUCUACUAAGUCACGCAAACUCUGCUAUCAACCCUGUGGUGUACGCCUUCAAAAUCAAGAAGUUCAGGGUCACCUUCUUGAAGAUCUGGCGCCAUUACUAUACUGGAUCAGAGUGGAGCGAAUCAGCUCCUCACUCCAACACCUUGCAGUCACAGGGGGCAGAGAAAUCGGAUAGUGUCUGAGGCUCAGGGUAGCAACCCUGUUUUUGCAGAGCCAAGCAGUGAGAAAUGGCCAUUAAUCUGCAAAGCAUCCACUGUAUACAGCCUAAUGAUGGUGCCCAUUAGUUGUAGUACUAGUACUGUGGGCAUUAUUAUAUUUCUGCCUCUGUGUUAUGUCCAUGUUUUGUUACAGUAUUCUCAACACUGUAUUAUGUUGUACUGAAUUUUAAUGAAAGUAUCUUAAAAAAAAGAUGCGCUAUUUUUAUACGUUUGGUUGCAUGCCUUUUACCAGUAUAAUGGACAUUUCAACUGGAUACAUUUUUAAAAAGCAAUCUUUUGCUGGGGUUUGAUAAAUGUUGAUACUGUUUUUGCAGUUUUGGUUUCCUUGCGUGCAACAAAGGGUUAGUACCAAUGUGACUGUAUAUGUGCCAAUUCAACAUAACUACUAUACAGUGUCUUUGAUGAAAAAAAAAAACAUAAAAACAUGAGAGGCAGCAGCGCCACCAAGAGAGAUGUUGAUCAAAACACAAUCGGAGAAUGGCACUGAAGCAGUCUUUCUUAACUUCAAAAAGAUACUAAUCAGACACAUUUAUUUAUAACAGAACUACAAAGUUAAUUACCAGAUGUGCCACUUCUCUGUUUCAUUGGGCUGGUUUUCAUUUUGACACAGAUGUUUGUAAUAAUGCUACUUUCUAAAGCAACACACCAUCAGAGAAAAACCCCAACACUCCCAAUUGAGGUCAGGCAGCCUCACGCAACUAUGUAGGUUUAUAUUUAAGUGAAUUUAUAGUUAAAUUCUGUGUUAAGUCUGUUUUAAUGGGAUUUGACCAUUAGUUAAUUUACUGUAAAUAUUUGUUAUAAAUACUUUUGUUAUGCAUUAAUGUUCCCUAUUCACACAGCUUUAACUCUGUUACAGUAUGCCAUUGUUACAUGAGGACUGAUAUCUUCCAGGAACUCUAGAAACAGGUUAAUAUCAGGUAAAGCAUAUUCUUAAUGUUCUGUUUCCUUUGACUUUUUUUUUUUUUUUUUUUUUUUUUUUUCAAGACGUGAG